AUGCCGCCCACCAGCCUGUGCCACCACGGAUAUCGCACCAUCUUCACCGUUUCACUGAGGCCACCAACACGAGACCUGGAGGUAGGACGAGAAGACACCGGGCUCGAAGGCAACCGCACCGCAGCCGAUAGGAGGGAACAACCUCCACCGCCGCGCGGAGCCGACUGGACAUGGCAACAGGGACUUGCCGGGCUACCACCGGCCCGGCCGGACCCCAACGGGUCCGGACAGUCCCUGCAGCCACGCUGCAGCACGCCGGCCGCCGGAGCCACCACCACCGCAGCCAUGGCCCCCUCGUCCCACCACCAGGGAGCCACGCCGUCGCGCACCGGACCGCAGGCCCGCCCCAGCCCAGACGGGGCCCGAAAGGGCCCAGAUCUGGGCCGAGCGGGCGCCGCCGGCCAGCCGCCCACCGUGCCGCCCCUCAGCCAACGGCCACGCCGCCGCGUCGAGGGCACCCGAGGCCCGCGGGACGCCGCCGCCGAGCCUCACCGCUGCCAACCGAGCAGCAGCACCGCCGUCGGGGAGGAGGGAGCCCGACUUUCCCUCCCGGCGCGCGGGAAAGGGACGUCCCCCGCCGCCGGCGCCACCCGGACACGCCCGAGGCCGCAGCCGGCGGCGGCGAAGGGGGAAGAGGGAGGAGGAGGACCGAGACGGGGGGGGGAGGGCAGGGGGCGCUCCGCCGCCUCGGGGGGGCGGCAGGAGCGCCGGGGGAGGGGGAGGGGGAGGGGCAGAGGGGGGGGACCAGGGGGCGCGCGCGAGGUGGCUGGCUCCGGCGGGAGGGGGCGAGGGAGGCCGCCGGUGGCGGGGAGGAACCCUAGCGCGGGGCGCGGGUAG